AUGGCGAAACUUUCUAAAUCCUGUGCUCAUCUCAAUGCGCCAUGUAUCCCUGGUGCCGAAAUCAUAUCGAUCAAUGGGACAGAAUUAUGGAAUUAUACUGUUUCUGCCGUCCCUGGGCUUCUGCCAAGUCCAGUUUCCGGUCUGGACAUCUGUGCCGUCGAUGUGGUUCUUACGCAUCCAGGCGCACAUGACAAAGUCCUUGUUAAAGUCUGGCUGCCUCUAGAGAAUUGGAACGGGAGAUUUCAAGCCAAUGGGGGGGUCGGCUAUGCAGCCGGCGAACUAGAUCUCACCCUAGGCCCUACCAUUAAGCAGGGCUACGCCUCAGCAUCUACUGAUGCGGGCGUAGGCUUCAAUCCUUCGUCGCCUGAGGCUUGGGCCUUACGACCAGACGGUUCUGUGGAUAGGGAUGCGCUCAUUAACUUUUCUUAUCGCUCAGUCCAUGAUAUGGCGUUAAUUGGCAAGGAGAUUACGAAGCAAUUUUAUGGCCAGAAGCCCAAUUACUCAUAUUGGAAUGGGUGUUCAACAGGCGGACGGCAAGCAAUGGUAGCGGCGCAGAGAUAUCCAGAUCUUUUUGAUGGGAUUUUAGCAGGCGCUCCUGCAAUCUACUGGACGACCUAUGUUAUUGCAGAGCAAUGGCCGCAGGUGGUUAUGAACAUGGAGAAAUCAUUUCCCUCGCCGUGCGAGCUACGGGCAUUUACCGACGCCGCUAUUGCUGAAUGUGACGGAUUGGACGGCGUCAUGGACGGCGUCAUCAAUAAUCCAGAUGUUUGCAACUUUGAUCCAUACGGACUGGUUGGUCGAAGGGUUCCUUGCGAUGGAGUGAAUGUGACUAUCACAGAAGCAACCGCCAGGGUUGUUCAGAAAGUGCUUCAAGGACCCUUUGGACCAAAUGGAGAGUCAAGAUGGUAUGGCUUGAAUCCAGGGGCCGCGUUGGACAGUCUUGCGAAUACUACUAUAACCCACGGAAAGCGAGGCGGCUUUCCCUUUUUCGUCAACGAUGCUUGGAUCAGAUACUGGGUCGCGAAAAACCCCAACUAUGAUUUGACCAAAAUCGACUAUUCCACACUGGAUCGGCUAUUUACCCAGUCAGAUAAAGAAUACGACGCCAUCAUUGGGACUGACAAUCCUGACCUUUCCGGAUUUCAGAGGUCGGGAGGGAAAUUGCUAAUGUGGCAUGGCCUUUCCGAUCAGCUCAUCUUCCCACAAGGAACAGUUGAAUACCGCAAAAGGGUUGAACGCUUGAUGGGUGGCUCUACAAAAGUGAAUGAAUUCUUUCGUCUUUUCCUGGCCCCCGGUGUGGACCAUUGCGCAGGCACUCCGUCUCUUGGGGCGGUGCCUACGGAUCCGCUUGAGGCGCUGGUAAACUGGGUGGAAAACAAGAGGGCGCCUCUCAACUUGGCCGCGGAGAUAGCGGGACCUGAAGGUGGCGCUCGCAUUAUCUGUCCUUAUCCCCAGGUUGCCCAAUAUGUGGGAGGAGAUACAAAAUCCGCCAAUAGUUUCAAAUGUGCCUGA